AUGCAAUCGGAUCUCGGCAAGCUAUUCAUCGGCGGGAUAUCAUGGGAUACAAACGAAGAACGCCUCCAGGAAUAUUUCAGUAGCUUCGGUGAGGUCUUGGAAGCCGUAAUCAUGAAAGACCACACCACCGGACGUGCCCGUGGUUUUGGUUUCGUCGUCUUCUCCGAUCCCGCAGUCGCUGAACGAGUUAUCAAAGAGAAACACAACAUCGAUGGCAGAAUGGUCGAAGCAAAAAAAGCCGUUCCAAGAGACGAUCAAACCACAAUGAGUAGAAACAGCGGUAGCAUUCAAGGUUCACCUAAUCCAAAUCGAACUAGAAAGAUAUUCGUAGGAGGGUUAGCUUCAACAGUCACCGAAACCGACUUCAAGAGAUACUUUGAGCAAUUCGGGACAAUUACAGACGUUGUGGUGAUGUACGAUCAUAACACACAAAGACCAAGAGGAUUUGGAUUCAUAACUUAUGAUUCAGAAGAAGCUGUAGACAAAGUACUCCUAAAAACUUUCCAUGAACUCAAUGGCAAAAUGGUUGAAGUCAAACGAGCUGUCCCCAAAGAACUUUCACCUAGCCCUAAUCGCACCAUGCUUGGUGGAUACCCGUAUGGAUUGGGUCGAACCGGUAACCUUUUUAAUGGGUAUACCCAUGGACCCUAUGAUGGUAGAUUCAGUCAAAUUCCUAGAAGUGGGUUUGCAAAUUUUGGAAUGGGGUUAAAUUUUGAACCAAGUAUGAGUAUGAGUAGCCCUAAUUACAAUAGGAGUUUAGGGUAUGGAAGAGGAAUGAGUCCUUAUUUUGUAGGGGGUUCAAAUCGGUUUGUGGGUCCCAUUAGUUUUGAUGGUGUGAAUGGUUUGAAUGGUGGAAAUGGUGGGAAUGGAGGGAAUACUUCUUUUUUCAGUUCGACUCCAAGGAAUUUAUGGGGUAAUGGAGGGUUUAAUUACGGGUCAAAUUCUAGUGGUUCAAGUGGUUAUGUUGGGUCGGGGAGUGGGGGUAUUGGCGGGGGUAUUUUCGGGAAUUCUGGUCUUAAUUGGGGUUCAUCUCCGGUUGUUGGUGGUGGAGGUGGUGGUGGUGGUGGGAAUUCUUCUAGUGGGAAUCUUGGGUAUGGUGGAGGUGGUGGUGAUGGUGGUUUUGGUUUAGGCGGUGGUGGUGGUGGUUAUGGUAGAAAUGUUGCUAGUAGUGGGGUGGCGAAUGGUGGUUUUGAAGGGCCUUUCUCGGAGUUUUAUGGUGGUGGUGGUGGUGGUGGGAGUGGCGGCUCGGUGUAUGGUGGUGACCCGACUUGGCGGUCAGGGAAUAGUGAGCAAGAGGGGUCGGGUUCGUUUGGUGGGUAUGGAAUUGGUGGUGAUGGCCCUGAGGCUAAAACUUCUCCUGGUUAUGUUGGUUAUAGUGUUGCCAAACGACACCCAAAUAGAGGAAUUGCUGGCUAGUUUGGAGUUCAAAAAUAUGCUAUAGUAGAUGGAAGUUUGGUGUAUCCCCAUAUUAGCACACGUUUUUAAGUUAAAAAAAAAAUUAAAAAAAAAAGUUGGGUAUCUUCUGAAGAGAUAAGUAGAGUGCUCUUUUAGAGAUAGAAGGCGUAUAAGCAAGCGAGUUAUUUUCGUGUUCUUUUUUUCUUUUAUGGAUUGAAUUUGAGUUACAUUUUUGGUCUUUUUUUUUUGAGUGAGAUGUAAAAUCAGUUUGCGGCGUAUAGUCAAAAUGUGUAUCAUCUUGCAUCUCUGGUGAGACGGGCGAUGCAUAAAAAGGGAUCGAGGAUAUGAGUUUCAUUUGUAAGGUUUUAGGUUUUCUUUUACAAAAAAAAGAAAAAAAAAACUGCAAACUUGUAGUUAGAUCUUUGUCUCCCGUCUUUGUCUUUGUUUUUAGAUUUUGUUUUUGUUGUUUCUGCUAAGAAUUGCAGCUGGAUUCUUGUGGUUUUACUAGUGUGAAACAUUUGAGGGAUACUCAUCUAGGGUUCCCAUUAAUAAGUUACUUGAACUAUGUUGUUUCUUUGAUUUAGGGUGUUAUUAUUUACAUGAAAGAUUGGUUUUUUUUAGUGAA